CAUAUCUUCAUUAUUCAUUUUUGCUAUAGGUUUCUAUGCUUAUAUAAGCACAAAAAAUGAGCAAUUUUUAUAAAGCUUCACAAGCCUUCUUAUCCCACCAUCAAUUUGGCGUCAUUCUUCUUCUUCCUCCUUUCUUUCAAUCUGCUUCAUUUUCAUGGCGGCCAAUGCGGGAGAAAGAAGAGAGACAUUGACGCCAAGUGAACGGCAGAGCAGAGAACGGAGUCUAUGUCUUGGAAGAGCCGAAGCCAAAACCUUGACAGAAUUCAAAACAGAACCUAAAGAAGCCGUCCCYGUCAUUUACUACCUCUCCCGCCAUGGUCAACUUGAGCAUCCUCAUUUGCUCGAGGUUCCUCUCUCUUCUUCCCGAGGACUUCUCCUCAGAGACGUGAUCAAACGACUAGAUGUACUCCGAGGAGACGGCCUUUCCAGACUCUAUUCGUGGUCUUCGAAGCGGAGGUACAGAAAUGGAUUCGUAUGGCAAGACUUAUCAGACGACGAUUUGAUAAAUCCGUCUCAAGGUCAAGAAUACAUUCUCAAAGGAACAGCGCUAUUGCUAGAGGCGUCUUCGAGUUUCCGAUCAUGUGAAACAUCGUCUUCGUUUUCCGAGUCCAAAUUUUCCUCAGAAACAAACACUUCGAGCACGGAUUCGAACUUUCCCGUCGCUCUGAAGAGAAACAACCAGCCGUGGAAUUCGCUGGAAGACCUUUGCCGGAGCGUAGUCUACAAGGCUAAAAUCUCCGGCGAAAGCGGCACAAACGCCUCGACGCAGACCGGCGAGAGGCGACGGAGAUGGACGGACGGCGGAGCGGGCGAGGAAUGUGGCGGAGAGGGAUUUUCAAAUUCUGGAGUUGGAAGAUCGGACAGCUUCAGGUCUAUGGAUUGUGAUGGAGCGGCUGAUUUGAGAAAUCAGACGACUGGGAAGAGCAACAGGUGGAAGGCAUCAACGGUUCUGAUGCAGUUGAUCACGUGUAACACCCAAAAUUGAAGGUUUUUCGAUUCAUAUAUUUUCUCAAUUUUUCGCUCUUAGGGUUUAAUUUAGGUUUUUUUUUCUCCAAAAUUUCUUUUGAGGAUCAAUUAUAAGCGUAUAGUUUUUUUAA